UCCAGCCUAGCUAGCUAGACACGGAGAUGGAGCCCCCACCCAAAAUGCUUGCCUCUCUCAAGAUAACCAUACUGAUGAUGAUGAUGGCCUCCUCUGUCGCACUUGCGUCGGUAGCAGCGGUGCCCGGAGGACAAGCAAGAGCGCUCCUCGUCUGGAAAGCAAGCCUCGACAACCAAAGCCAGCAUGCCCUGCGCUCCUGGGGAAACAUGUCAUCGCCCUGCAAUUGGCGCGGCAUCACUUGCGGUACCGAUGUGCAUCGGCGCCGGCGGCGGCCGGUGAUCAGUGGCAUCUCUCUGCGCGAGAUGCGACUAGGUGGGACGCUGGAGUCCCUCAAUUUCUCAUCCUUGAGGACCCUGACACGCCUCGACCUCUCGCACAACCACAUCGCUGGGAGCAUUCCACCCAGUAUUGAGGUCCUCGGAGAGCUCCGCGCUCUCCUUCUGCAAGGCAACCAGAUAAGAGGCUCAAUCCCACUAGGUCUAGGAAAUCUCACAAAAUUGCGCGUCUUAAUGCUUCAUGAAAAUGAAGUCUCUGGUGAAAUACCAAUGCAUAUAGGCAAUAUGAGUAAUCUUGAGACGCUCAACUUCUCAAUCAAUCACUUAGUUGGUCAUAUCCCUUCUGAAGUAGGCCACCUAAAGCGCUUGGUUAGGCUAGAUUUGUCUAACAAUAAUCUUUCGGGCUCGAUCCCAAGCAGUGUACAUGACUUGACCAAACUCACUACCUUAUACCUUUACCGCAACCAACUUUCUGGACACAUCCCUCAAAAACUUGGUCAUUUGGUCAACUUAGAGGACCUGGGACUUAGCUACAACAAGCUGAUAGGUUCCAUCCCAAACAGUUUAGGAAAUUUGACAAAACUCACUACCUUGUACCUUGACGUGAACCAACUUUCCGGGCAAAUUCCAGGAGGACUAGGUUGGUUGUUGCAGUUAGAGAUCUUAGAUCUCGAUAGCAACAUGCUAACAGGUUCCAUCCCAAACAGCCUAGGCAAUUUAACAAAGCUCACUAUGUUGUACCUUUACAGUAACCAACUAUCUCGCCAUAUUCCUCAAGAACUAGGUUAUUUGGUAAACUUAGAGGAAUUGUCUCUUACAAAUAACGCACUAACAGGUUCCAUCCCAAACAACCUAGGAAAUCUAACAAAACUCGCUAGCUUGUACCUUCCUCAUAACCAAAUUUCCGACCACAUUCCCCCAGAAUUAGGUCAUUUGGUCAACUUAGAGUACCCGGAGCUUAGCAACAACACAAUAAAAGGUUCCAUCCCAAUUUGCCUAGGUAAUUUGACAAAACUCACGACCUUGUACCUUUACUGUAACCAACUUUCUGGGGAAAUUCCACGAGAACUAGGUUCGUUAUCGAACUUAGAGAACUUGGAUCUUAGCAACAACACACUGACAGGUUCCAUCCCCAACAACCUAGGCAAUUUAAAAAAACUCACUACCUUGUACCUUUUCCAGAACCAACUUUCUGGGAAAAUUCCACGAGAACUAGGUUACGGGGUGAACUUAGAAAACUUGGCUCUUAAUGAGAACACACUCUCAGGUUCCAUCCCAAAGAGUUUAGGAAAUUUGACAAAAUUGACUACCUUGUACCUUAGCCAAAAUCAACUUUCUGGGAAAAUUCCGCAGGAACUUGGUCAUUUGGUUAACUUAAAGGACUUGAACCUUAACUACAACAAGCAUAUAGGUUCCAUUCCAAAUAGCCUAGGAAAUUUAACAAAACUCGCUAUUUUGCAGCUUGGCGAGAACCAACUUUCGGGGAAAAUUCCACAAGAACUAGGUAGGUUGUUGAACUUAGAGCUCAUGGAGCUUGGCAGUAACACACUAACAAGUUUCAUCCCAAAUAUCCUAGGGAAUUUGACAAAACUCACUACCUUACACCUUUCCUACAACCAACUUUUUGGACACGUCCCUCGAGAACUUGGUCAUUUGGUCAACCUAAUGGACUUGAGACUUAGCUACAAUAAGAUAAUAGGUUCCAUCCCAAAUAUCUUAGGAAAUUUGACAAAACUCACUAGCUUGUACAUUGGCCAAAACCAACUUUCCGGGCAAAUUCCACGAGAACUGGGUUGGUUGUGGAACUUACAAGCCUUGGCACUUGGUCAAAACACACUCUCUGGUUCCAUCCCAAAUAAUAUAGGGAAUUUGAGUCUACCUAUAUUGGAUCUGGCUUUUAACAGCCUCUCUGGUACCUUGCCGUCUGGACUUUGUGUGGGAGGUCGGCUACAACAUUUUGCUGUUGCAAGCAACAACUUGGUUGGACCCUUCCCAUCAAGCUUGCUAAGUUGUUCAAGCCUAGUUUGGCUUCGACUUGAAAAAAAUAACCUCAAAGGAGAUAUCACCAAGAUGGGAGCUUAUCCAAAUCUUGUUUAUAUUGAUAUCAGUUCAAAUAAACUAUUUGGUAAAUUAUCUCAUCUCUGGGGCGAGUGCUACAAACUUACUAUGCUACGUGCAUCAAACAAUAGAAUAAUUGGAGUAAUACCAUCAAGCAUAGGGAAAUUAUCCAAGUUGGGGAUACUUGACAUUUCGUCAAACAAGCUUGAAGGACAGAUUCCACCAGAAAUUGGUAAUGUAACAAUGUUGUUCAACCUGAGACUUUCCAAUAACUUGCUCGAGGGAAAUAUACCACAAGAAAUUGGAUCACUAAAGAACUUGGAGUACCUAGAUUUAUCAUCAAACAAUCUAGUUGGGCAGAUACCAGGAUCAAUUGGGCGUUGCCUAAAGAUCCACUUCCUAAAAUUGUGCCAUAACCAACUCAAUGGUACCAUUCCUAUUGAACUAGGAGUGUUGGUAAACCUACAAGAUUUGUUGGAUAUAAGUGACAAUUCAAUUGAUGGUACUAUUCCAAGUCUACUAGGUGGUCUUGGUAUGCUUGAAGUUUUGAAUCUUUCUCACAAUGCAUUGGACGGUGGCAUUCCACCAUCAUUUCAAAGCAUGAACAGCCUCCGAUCCAUGGACGUUUCAUACAACAAAUUGGAAGGGUCAGUGCCAUAUACUAGACUUUUUGAAGAAGCUCCUGUCAAAUGGUUCUGGCAUAAUAACAAAUUAUGUGGUGUCGUGAAAGGUUUGCCCCCUUGCGAUCUUCCUCAAAGUAGUGGACAAGGAAAUAAUUCUAGAGCUAUUUUACUAGCUAUCAUACCGACCAUUGUAUCAUUUGUGUUUCUCACUACACUAAUAACAUGGCAAUGCAAAAAGAAGAAACCCCAAGCAGAAACUACAAAUGUAGUACAACAAACCAAUUUGUUUGCCAUCUGGAAUUUUGAUGGGGAAGAUGUGUACAAGAAAAUUGUUGAUGUCACAAACAAUUUCAGCGAAGCUUAUUGCGUUGGAUCUGGAGGAAAUGGAUCUGUGUAUAGAGCUCAGUUACCAACAGGAGAAUUAUUUGCAGUGAAGAAGAUACAUAUGGUGGAAGAUGAUGAGCAAUUUAACCGUGAAAUACAUGCGUUGAUGCAUAUUCGACAUCGCAACAUUGCAAAGUUACUUGGUUACUGCUCUGCACCCCAAGGACGAUUCCUUGUGUAUGAUUACAUGAAUGGAGGGAGCUUAGCAGCAUCUUUGAGGGGCAAGGAAACUGCAAAUGAAUUAGGUUGGAUGAAAAGGUUAAAUAUUAUUUGGGAUGUUGCUCAUGCUUUGUCUUACAUGCAUCACGACUGCUUUGCACCGAUAGUCCACCGUGAUAUAACAAGUAGCAAUGUUUUGCUUGAUGUCGAAUUUAAGGCAUGCAUCUCGGAUUUUGGUCUAGCGAAGAUCCUAGACAAGGAUGCAUCAAGCUGCACGAGUCUCGCCGGAACAAAAGGAUAUCUUGCCCCAGAACUUGCAUACACAACUAGAGUGACAGAGAAGUGUGAUGUUUAUAGCUUUGGAGUGCUGGUUCUAGAGUUGUUCAUGGGACAUCAUCCAGGUGAUUUUCUUUCAUCCAUGGACAACAACAGCCAAAGUACAUCACUUGUAAAUUUCCUGGACACCCGACUCCCACUUCCUGAAGCUGAAAUCGCCCGCAAAAUAUUCAAAGUAAUUUCGGUCGCGGUUUGGUGCAUAGAACCUGAUCCGGCACACCGUCCGACUAUGCAGCAAGUGAUCAAGGCGUUCUCAACAGCUGAACAGUCACCUGCUAACAAUGUUAAUUAUCUCCACACGGCCAUUGUCAUCCCCGCCUGCUGGUCCUGACUCUUGAAUGUUCAUUCAGUUGGCACACUAUUGUUUCUUCCUAUGAUUAUACAGAGACUGUCUGUAUGACAUAAUUAACCUGUAUGGUAGUUUGUUUUCUGCAUUAUGCUCAUGACCUGUAAUAGUACCAUAUACCAUUCGUUGCUGCUGGU